AGGUUACUGUCCCGGAAACGACGUUGUUGGUAUGGAGCAUUCACGCCACACUUCAAAAUACGGUCAUUUAAAUGUACAGCUGCUUUGCAAAAAGCGAAACGUGCAUAUCUUAUACACAACAUUACCUGAGACCUUUGACGGAUUUUGAUAAACUACCUCUCAGUUGCCAUAAUCCUUAUCCACAUUGCAGUGUUAAUGAAAGGCACUUGAUGAUCCGCCAAGGUGCAUGCGGUCACUGAAUGAGAAGGAUCGUGUGAACCAAUUAAAAACGCAGAUUUAUGUAUGAGUACGUUCAAACAUGGAAUCUUGUAUGCGCGCCGAAUUCAAAAGAUUGUUCUGAUGAUUAAAAAUCAAGUCGUAUUUCGUGGUGUAGUGUGUGUUUUUGCACAAAGCUGAGCAAAGACUUUUAACUGUCAAACAUUUGAACGCCGUUCAGUCAUGGUCCCCCCCCACGCGUUAAUAAAGCGUAUUGAGGCUCGUGGUGACGUAACCCACUGACUGUGGGAGUUCAGACAGAACAGUUAGGUUAGUGGCACAAAGCGUAACCUGAGCAUAGAGACUUUUACGUAAUUAUUUGCUAAAUAGGCAAAUAGCAAAAACGUAACUUAUGUUCAAUAAUAAUAGCUAACCAUAGUGAUGAAACGGAGAGUAUGAUAAGCAAAACUGCUGCUAAAACGUAUCCAUGGUUGGACUAAAACUUGCUAGCCACCCCCAGUCUGAGUCUAGCGUUAGGGAAAAAAAGUCAAGUGGCUACAGCUAACGCGAAGCUAGGCAAACAUUACUAGGCGGAUUUGUUGAUAGAGGUUGACUUAUCAGGCUGCUUGCUAGGCAUUUACAUGAUGGUUGUAGCGGUGUUGUCAAAUUAAAUGUUGACAGCCAAAACUGUAUCGCGAGUUUGGCAGCCAAACGCAUUGGAGGGCAAGAUAAUGUUAGCUAACUAAGGCGGGUGGCGUUAGCUUUAGCAUAACAAGAGCUCUGCUUCGGGAGUCAGCUGACAGCCUGCUGUAAGCUGCCAACAGACCAGUGAUGGAUCAACUCAAAGUAAAGGAUCGCAUAUUGGAAAACAUCUCCCUGUCUGUCAAGAAGUUGCAGAGUUACUUUGCGGCCUGCGAAGAUGAGACUCCUGCUAUCCGAAAUCACGACCGGGUCCUGCAGCGCCUAUGUGAACACCUUGACCAUGCUCUGUUGUAUGGUCUGCAGGACAUCUCUUCAGGCUACUGGGUCCUGGUCCUUCACUUCACCAGGAGAGAGGCUGUCCGUCAGAUAGAUGAGCUUCAGCACAUAGCAACCAACCUUGGUCGAAGCCGUGCAUGGUUAUACCUGGCAUUGAGUGAGAGCUCUUUAGAGAGCUAUCUACGCCUUUUCCAGGAGAACCGAGGAUUACUGCAGAAAUAUUAUUUCAAUAGGAAUGCACUGGUCUGCAGUCAUGACCACCUCACACUCUUCCUCACCCUGGUGUCUGGCCUGGAGUUCAUUCGCUUUGAUCUGGAGCUGGAUGUGCCCUAUCUGGACGUGGCCCCUUACAUGCCAGAAUACUACAAACCCCAGAACCUACUGGACUUUGAGGAAAGGCUGCCCAGCUCAGACAGCCUGUCCCUGCACUCCUUCACCUCCCUCACCUCCACCAACCUGGAGUGGGAUGACAGUGCCAUAGCCCCCUCCAGUGAAGAUUAUGAUUUCGGUGACAUCUUCCCCGUGUUGCAGUCAUUGCCAAGUGCAGACUGGGAAGAGGGUGACCUGACCGACCAGGCCAGCUGCCCGCGAUCCAGUGGCUCUGAUCCCCAGACAGUCAUCAGCGAUACAGUGGUCCUUUCUGCCAAGGUGAAGGUAGCAACUCAUCUUUCUCCACACAGCCCCACGUUCAGACACAACCCGUUCAACGAGGACUCGGACACCAACACCACCAACACCUCAGCCGACGUCACGCCAGUUCAUGUGGCCAGCCGCCACAACACCACCACCACUGGAGAUGACAUGGAGAGCACCUGCAAUGAGCUGGAGGUCAUCAGGAUGGCCAGACGAAGGAAACCAGCCAAGAAGCGACGAGGGAAGGGCUCCACCGAUUCCAGCAACAGCAUCCAUAACUCUGUCUCCUCCGAGCACAUGGAAAUGGACAACAGCCUCCUGUCCUCGGAGGAUGUGGAUUCAUUAAACUGCACUAUAAUUCAGCUGGAUGCUGAAGCAGAGUUGAGGAGAAGCAGGGUGGGGUCAGAGGUUGUGGAGGAAGGAGAUGACGACGGAGUAGAAGGCCUCCUACGGCUCCCAGAGAUGACAGACACCUCCAUGGACACUGUGGGCCAGCCCCUCCGUGAUGUCAUGGAUCGGCUUAACGGGGCUCUGGAUAGAGAGGAGGCCUGGGAGCACCCACAGGAGGGGGAGGAAAAAAAUAGUGAAGGCUAUGACCAGGGCCCUGAGCCCCCUGCGCAGCAGCCCUUUCAGGAAGAUUCAGGGGGCGAGCCACCUGACCCAGCCCCCUUCUUGCAGGCCUCUCCUGCGCUUACAGACUUAUGCUGCUUUACCCCCUUCAGUCCAGACCCUACUCCCACGGGUGGUGGCCACUAUGACUCUACAGAGCAUAGCCAGUCGCAGACUCUUUCAGGUGGCCUUGAAGAUGAAGGAGAGGCAAAAACGGCAGCAGGACAGCAGUCCGACAUGAAGACCGGGGAGGAAGACACAGAAGAAGGAGAGGAAACAGACAAGAAUACAUUUACUGAGGAAGCAGAACAACUACAAGAGGGGAAGCUUAGUCCCUCUGAAAGUUCUCAUCCUGCAGAGUUUAAGGUGGAUAACAAUCACUUGCUUCUUCUCAUGAUUCAUGUGUUCAGAGAGAAUGAGGAGCAGCUCUUCAAGAUGAUGAGAAUGAGUACAGGCCAUAUGGAGGGGGACCUGCAGCCCCUUUACCUGCUGCUGACUGACUGUUACAUCUACCUGCUUAGGAAGGGUGCAGCAGAGAAGCCCUACACAGUAGAAGAUGCUGUUUCUUAUAAUGAGCUCGACUAUCUUUCAGUGGGCCUUGACCAACAGACAGUGACAGUGGUUUGCACCAACAGACGAAGAAAAUUCCUGUUGGACACAGCUGAUGCCUCUCUGACUUUCUGGUUCUUGUCUGUUCUCAAGUCAGCCAUGGUGAAGGGUUGUCGUGAGCCUCCUUACCCCUCUGUUCUGACUGAUGCUACCAUGGAAAAACUGGCUCUCACUAAGUUUGUCGCCCAGGAAUCUCACUGUGAGGUAUCUGAAGUGUCUAUACAACUGUAUUCACUGGUCCAUUGGGAGGAUCCUAUGGAUAUGAAUUUGUCACCCCAGGGUGGCCCACCAAGGUCUGGAGUACCUUCCAGCACCAAGGAAGGGACUCUGCAGUACCGAGCUGGAACCACCUACCUGGGCAAAGAGCUGUGGAAAGGCUGCUACCUUGUCCUCAGCAAUGGGAUUCUGUACCUGUAUGCAGAAAGAACUGAUGUGACACCUCUGCUGUCAGUCACUAUGGGAGGAGAGCACUGUGGAGGCUGCCGUCGCUCAAACAGCACAGAGCGUCCCCAUGCCUUCCAAGUCGUACUGACAGAGCGGCCUCCACUGGAGCUCAGUGCCAACAAUGAGCAGGACAUGGCUGACUGGAUGCAGCUGCUCUGCCAGUCUGUCUCCAAAGGGGUCAUCCCUCAGGGUGUGGCCCCCACCCCAUGUAUCCCAUGUUGUCUGGUGAUGACAGACAGAAAGCUGCUAACUUGCCAUCAGGACUGUCAGACCAGCUUCUUCCGUUCGCUGGGCUGUGCUGACAUCUGUGAUGUCACUGCUGUCAGCCUGGAGGCCGACAAGGAGUACUGUGUCAUUGAGUUUGCAGCAGAUCGGACCCAGUUCCUUCCUCCAUGGGUCUUGUACUUCAGCGGGUAUGAAGAGAGGGAUCGACUGAUGGAGGCAUUAGACAACACAUGGAAGGCCAUUUACCAGGUUGACCUUCCCCACCGAGGCGUGUUGGAUCCGUCUGUGCAGAAGCGUUGUGGUGAGGCCCUCGCCCUGAUGAGUAGUGCCUGGCAGAGGGCAGACAGUCUGGCCCGAGGCAGAGCCCAGCGUGAACCCUGGUGCUGACGGAUGCACACAUACACUUACCUGUGGGUAGCCACUGAGACAGACUGAGAGUUAAACAGUCUGAUAUAGUUCUAAGAUAUAUAGAUUUAACUCUUAUAUUACAGUCUGUGUCACUGCAAACUGUUCAGAGUUCUAAGCUGAAAGACUGAGAUAAACCAAUCAGAUGUGGUUAUUGGUUGUUAUACUACAGCGUGAGCUUGUGAUGCACCUCUGAUUCCCUCAUGAAAUGUUCAGAGAAACUUCCUGCAGAAGUAGCAAUGCAUAUGGCACAUCACAUCGCAAUGAUGCAACAGUAAGACAUUCUGAAUGAUAUGAACGAGCCUCUGACAGAACAUUACAACAGAUUUUAUUUGAUCCUGGUAAUACAUUUCCAUUAUUCCUUUGUUAAAGGUUCAUCAGAAAAAACAGCAAUGCAGAACAAAUACGCUGAAUCAAGGAAAAGUUUGGUGUCACAUGAUGUGAUAUUUUGUACUUUGUAGGAAAUGGUGAUGGAUAUUGUGAUGGAUAAAUGUACAACGCACAUGCAGUAGUUGUGUCAAGGGACUUUAAUACAUCGUGCAUUCAAAUAUAGCCUGCUGAAUUUAGUUAGUUUAAGAAUUUUGUCUCCACAAAGUAAAUGCCAAACUGUUUUCUACAGAGGAGAAUCCACCUUAAAAUGAACACUGACAUACACAUUUCCUCUUCUAAGCCUUGACUUUGAGAUGUAGACAGCACUGAAAAUGAUAUCAAUCUAGAUGCUCCUUGUGAUAGAUAUAUAUCUCAAGAAAGCCAUAUAAUGAAGGGGGUAGUUGCUGCUUGUUUUCAAUGUGGAAAAGUUGCGCUCUGUGCUAGCACUACUCGCACAACUGUGUAAAGAUAAAAGUCACGACUUGCUUACUAACAGUUACAAGAUGUUCUACUGAACCCUAACUGUGGUACAAAUCUAGUGCAAAUGUACAGUGCUGAACAGUAUCAACGCAUAAUCACUGAUGGUUGUUUAUGUGUCUGAUAUAAGGUUGAGAGGAUGAGGAUCUCAAUAUGAAGAAUAUCUGGAUAUUUAACACUUGCACUCUUACAUGACAUGCUCAUGCCUGUGUUGUCUAUCUGAGAUCUUGCUUUACCAAUUUAAAUGUUGUCACUCAGAUAAAAAAAAAACCUAUCAGGAAAUGCAACAGACUUGCCUUUUUCUCCACUCUGUAGAUACGAGAUACGAGUGGAGGCUUCCAUGCAGAUUUGCACAUUGAUAGUCUUUUUUUAAUGGUACCAGUUGUGGUUUUGUGUUUAUUCUCAUUUUAGAGGAAAUGGGAACAGUUGUUAAUCACUUGUUAAAUUGAGUGGUGACAUUUGAAUGGUAUUGACUUUUGUACUUUCCCUUUAGUGUGGGUAAGUAUAUUGUAAGAAUUACGGUCUGUGUGAAGAAUCCUUUACUGGCUGACAGCUACGAGUUGUCUUGGCUUGUCAUUUUUAUUUUGCACCAGUGGUUGGUGGCAUCAUAUUGUACUGUACUGUCGUCCCUUUCUGCACUUUUAGUGGUGUAGGACCAUGUUUGAGGUUCACAGAAUCCUGAAAUAGCCUUUCAACUUAGAGCUAGUGUAGCAUCUGUUCCUAGCAGAUUCAUGCUUUUAAAUAGCCUGUAGUAUCAUCCAAUAUUAAAGCUUUACUUGGAGUAGGAAUAAGAAUUAGAAAAACCCAAAACCAAACCCUUUUUAGUUUCCCUACAAAUUAUAGUCAGUAGAUUGUAGUGCAUGUGUUACAAUCUGUCCUUAACAUUAACACUGACUAAAGUACUGCUGCUCUGUCAAUGACAGCUCUCGUUGCAAGGCUGAGACAAGUGUGAGAUUUCUUUUGCAAUGACAAUGUUGCCUUUUUGACAACCUUGACUGAACUGGAUGAAAUGGCCAAUUCGUUUAAACUAAAGCACUCUUUUUUUCUUUUUGUAGUUGUCUUACAUUAUAAAAUUAGGCGGACUGCAUUGGAACACUUAAACAAUCAUCUUAGUUUAUGUUGUGGGUCUGGUCAAAAUAUGUGCUUUAUGUAGGGCUGGGUAUCGAACCUCAUUAUGUCUAUAUAUGAGUAUAGACAUAAUGGUGUCCAUAUUGAAUGUUGGCACAGAAUGGUUGCUCAUUGUCAAUGAAUUAUUCUCUGAUCAAAUAUAAUAUAUGUAAUAUAAUAUAAUAUUUUUUAGCAGCAAAAAUCAGGCAGGUUUUUGAAAAAUGUGAUUAUAUUCCGCAGAAUAAGUUAUUGAAAAAACACUAUUUUGGUAUUUUUACCAAAACUUGAGUACUGAGUAGGCACCAGCAUCAAAAACCUUCAAAUGAUGCCCAGCCCUAUACAUAUGUCACUUAUGUUUGUACGAAAUUCUGUGUCUUUCUCAGUCACAUUGUGCUACUUUCAUGUCAGCAUUAAUAAGUGUUUUAAGCCUUUCUAAGUGCCACUUGGUUUCACUCAUCUUCUGCUCUUUUACAAAGAAAUCUAAUCUCAGGUGAAAAAGGUACAUCACAUCCAAAACCUUAAGACUCACCGUUUGUUUUGGGUUUUUUUUAUUGCUGAUAUUUUGUCUAAUUAAAUAUUUUUUAAAUCCCUUUUUCUAUUUUGGUUCCUCCCAUGUUCCAUGCAGCAUUAUGAAAUUAUUAUGUGCACACUGAGACAGUUGCAAAGUAAUAUGAAAUGUUGGAAAAGGUUUUAUGUAAAAGUCCUUUAAUAAUUCAGUGGGUUCUAAAAUAGAAUUGGUGGGCCAUGUAGUUGGAUGUAGUGUUUGUUGAAUUAUCAAUAAAAAAUUAUCUGCUUCGCGUUGUGGUCUAUGAAGUGUAUAUAAGGAAAAAGUUAGUCUUUUUGAGCAGUGUUUUGAAUGUGGGACAUUGCCGGCCAAUGAUGGAUGACAUCUUCUGAGUGAUGCAUUGUGAAAAAGCGCUUUUUGGUUUUGUUCAUAAAUGUAUACUGCAUGUAAUAUUUGUAUUAUGUUUAGCGGUUUUAUUGAAUUGUAAAUAGAGCACUAAUUAAAUAUACUGUGCACUCAUACAUAAAGACGUGCAUGUCCAGGUUUUAUACUGUUAAUAAUGGUAAUGAAUGUACAAAUAAACCUCUGUGAUUGGACAGCGUAACUGAAUAAACUGAAAUGAAACCCGUG